AUGUAUCACAGUAAGGGGAUAACGGAGGAGAGAAGAACCCCGGCGUCAACCGUUUUCGUUAGCAACAUUCCAGAUAGAUUCCACUGGAAGGGAUUGUGGUUACUUUUCGGGAAGUAUGGUGAGGUCGCUGACAGUUUCAUUUCAUCAAAACGCAACAGAAGCGGUGCUAAGUUUGGGUUUGUGAGAUUUUGGAAUAGGGAGGAUGCUUUAAAGGUGAUAAAAAAUUUGAACGGAAGCAUUCUACUGGGGAAAAGACUUGUGGUAUUAAUGGCAAAAUACAAAACCAGGGACCAGUUCUGGAGAAGAGAUAAGAUGCAAAAGGAACAGGAAAGAAACAACCAAAGGAAUCCAAAUGCCAUGUACGAAGGAGGAGAUGGAGUGGAUAACUUAGAAGGAUUCCAAGAUAAUCAAAAAAAUAUGAAGAAAAGGUUGAAAAGGAAUCCCAGACUAAAAACAAGUACCAAUGGAGAUUCAGCAGCAGAAGGAAUCAGAAGAAUAGUAGGGCAUAUUGAAUCUGAUGAACUAAUGAACCUAAAGAGAUGCUUGAUAGGUCAAACUGCAUAA